UGUGCGCUAGCAGCUAGUUGUGAAGUUUCAAAUCGAAAAGAAAAAGUUUUGUGUUAAAAAUGCUUAUUUGAAGCGUUUGAAUUGGCCUUGUGUGUGAGUAAUAGUUCGGGUUAAUAUUGUGAAACUGGUUGAAUGUUUUUGCACCCUCAUCGCCAGUCAAUAUUCGAGUAUCAUUCAUCGCAAGACAAUGAUCGCCGGCUUCAACUAAAACCCCCACGUUCAAGUGUUUUGUGCAACGUAGAAUUUGGCCAGGCAGUUCCGCUGAGGAAGAAGUAGUUGUGGUCGCGCAUUCGGUUUCAACCAAGCCCGCCGUUGCCAAUGGGAAACAAUGUGUUUACUAUAGCCUUGUGACGUGACGUGUGGUGCCCCCUCUGUGCCUGUCUGUGAUAACGCGGUGUUGUUCAUUAAUGUAUGCGAGGGCGAAGUUGUGCUCGCGGCAGGUUGUGUGUCUCCUUCGUUAGCUACGAUUAGAUUGUUCGUUUUCGUGUGUGUGUAUCCACGAUCGCGAAAAUGUGUAUAUGAAGUGUUUGUCAAUGUUGUCCGGACCCCAUUACUAUACAGGCUCGUGCGACAUUGUGUGAUAAAUGUGUAAAAUAAGGUAGCAGAACUGUGUGUUUAUUUUAAAUUUCAUCAAAAUGGUUCAUCAGAAUGAGUCACACGCAAUGGCUCUGCCACGGGAUAGCUAAUCGUUCGCUGAUCCCAAGUUCCAUCUGCAAGUCGGAAGGGAGCCCUGCUCGGUGAAUGUAGAUAGCAGCGCGGUAACCGAAUCGUUCCUGAAUUUGUGUAAAAAAGUAUAGUUGCUAAGUGUUGUUAAUAGUUUUUAAACCCGUAUUGCUAAGAAAAUUUUGUUGAAACCCCCCUUAAAACUAAGUGUGAUACUCUACCACGCGAGAUAUCAUCUGGUUCAAGUGUUCUGAAAAGUGAAGCUUGUUGUUUUACUACUAGCCUGGCAUUGCCUACGAAUUUGUGUGCGCUUCAACAGUUCUCGCACGUUGCAGAUAAUGAGUGCGGGUAAUGGCUCACCGCCUGCUUCGGUAGUGCACGUCAAUGAUUUACUACCCCGCUUGAACAAGCCCGACGAUCAGGUGGGUGGUUCGGUUGGUUUUGUGCCUCUGAUUGGAAAUGUAGUGCCCGAUGGUUCCGCGAUCGGAACAGCCGGUACCACGGUACCAAAUACGACAUCCGAAGCGGUCCAUGCUUCACCAGGUGCUGGCUCAACCGCUGGGACGGAUGUCAACGCUAGCGUGGCCAUACUGAACCGUCUACUAUCCGCCCACAUGGGUUCGAGUGGUAGUGGGAACUCCAGAAACAGUAGCAGUACAAAUUCCAGCUACAAAAAGUGUCCCUAUCAUCGGCACUGUUCCAGCCACCCGUACCAUCUGCAUCGGCAUUUACAGCAUCAGCAGCAGCAACCGGCUCCCGGAAGUUCGUUUCUAGCUGGAUUGAAUCGAUACAGGAAUGACGGUAGCGGUGCGUGUAGUAGCGGCGGUUCAUCAACUGCUUCCUAUCCGUUGCGAGAUGCCAUCUCGACGAACGUUACGCCGCCACCGCUAAACGCUGUUAUUCUCGUCGACCGCUACCUGUUGAUGGAACCGGUCGAGGGAAACAAUUUGUACCGGUGCUACGACAUUAAAUCGCACGAAGAGCUUGUGUGCAAGAUUGCAAAUAAUCCGUGCUCCAAUCUGCUGACGGCGCAUUUUCGUUUGGACGGACACCAGCACGUCAACUCGCUGCACAAAGUCAUACAGGGCAAUAAUCAAACGUAUCUGCUGUACAGCCCAUCGGAGGGUGAUCUACAUUCGUACGUGCGGGUGCGCAAACGGCUGCGUGAACCGGAAGCGCGGCGAUUGUGUCGGCAAAUGUGCGAAGUAGUCAAAAGCUGUCACGAGCAAGGCAUUGUCUUGCGUGAUCUCAAGUUGCGGAAGUUUGUAUUUGCGGACCGUGAGAGGACGCAAUUAAAACUGGAAUCGCUGGAAGAUGCGGUCGUACUCGACGAUCCGGCCGAGGAUCUGCUGCAGGACAAACGGGGCUGUCCCGCCUACGUGUCGCCGGAAAUCCUGCGUGUCAAUACGACGUACUCGGGCAAGGCAGCCGACAUGUGGUCGCUAGGCGUUAUACUCUACACGAUGCUGGUUGGAAGGUAUCCGUUUAACGAUUCCGAGCAUGCGUCUCUGUUUGCAAAAAUUAGCCGCGGACAGUUCACUGUACCGGAGUGCCUUUCGUCAAAGGCGCGCUGUAUGAUACGUGCCCUGCUUCGGAGAGACCCGGAAGAACGUAUUGCCUCGGAGGAUGUACUGUUUCAUCCGUGGUUGCUGCACGACGACAGCAAAGAUCAUGCUUACGGCUUACACACGGGCAGCCGUACCAACAGUGCUGGUACCGCUGUUGAUGAUCACUGCGUGCCGGAGUGGUACGACCCAUCGGACGAGAAUGACAUCGGCAGCUCGUCCUCGCGUCUGCAUUACUCCAACACUGCUGGUGAUGCUUUCGACAACUAGGCCAUGCACGCCACGUGUGAGAAAGCAACGGUAGAGAGAUCAGUUCUUCCUAUACUAAAGCACAAUAUGUUGCUUACUAUUACCAGCCUGGAUCAAAACACGGAAAUGCUCCAGGAUUCACGGAUUAUGCCUGUGAUUGUUUGAUUUGUAAGAGGGCUAGAAGACGUGUGAUGAACGUUUCAUCAUCGAGAACAGAAGAUAAGCGUACCCGGCAUGCGCAGAUUUGGUAAAUGGUGAUCGAUACGUUUAAACAGCAAACAGUGCACGCCCAAUAAACAUGUAAGAAGUACAGAAACAUUUUAUAAGCAAAUACCCAAAACAAGCCAAGACACUGCUAGCACUGGCAUGCGACUUAUGUUGUGGUAAGCGAAUGGAAACCGUGUAUAGGAACAAAUUACAUUCAGAAAAGAAAAAAAAAACGAAAAAAUUGGGAAAAAAUCAUUAACGUUUUGAGUGAAUCGAAC